AAUGUUGCCGGUAUCUAAUGCAGGAAAUAUUUUCCAUGUAAUUUACUGUAUCUAAACUUCUUGCCACCGCUGAAACUUCCCCGUAUCUGCCACUCCAAAUGUUGCUUGCCUAAUCUUUGCCAACGAAUAAACCUAGCUCGCCCCUUUUCGACUUCAUCUAUCCUAAUUGAGGUUUGCCACUCCAAAAGUUGCCUGCAUAAUCUUUGCCAACGAAUAAACCUAGCUCGCCCCUUUUCGACUUCAUCUAUCCUAAUUGAGGCUUUCUGUUUCUUCAAUUAUCUAAAUUCAGUAUUACUGCUACUGAGAAUCUGGUCUAUUCGGUUUUGUAAUAUUCACAAUACUAAUGCUGGUGAAAGCAAUUAAAUAAAUCCGAAAAGUUGUGAGUGAUUUGUACUGAUGUUCAAAAGCAACAAUGUUACCACCAGGCUUUUCCAGCGCCAGGUUUGCACCCCUGCUCCUGGCACCAGUAUUCAUUGUGCCAGAAGAUUUUAUGAGAACAUUGUACCAAGUUAUACCAUAUAUGAUGUUGAAUGUCCUGACCAUUCAUUUCGCAAGUUCACGGAUGAUGGUCUAUAUCUUGUAAGUUUCAGCCGAAAUCAUCAGGAUGUGGUUGUUUAUAGACCAAAAUGGUUGACAUUUUCCUGCAAAGAAAAAGAUUGUGAUACUCAUGAUCUUCCUUUAAAAGCCAGAAAGUUCGAGAGCUUCUUCACACAAUUGUACAGUGUUACUCUUGCUUCUAGUGGGGAACUUAUAUGUAAAGAUUUCUUUCUCUAUAUGGAGAGCAACCAAUUUGGACUCUUUGCUACUUCAACUGCACAAAUUCAUGAUGUACCUCCUACUGGAGGGGCAACACAGGGAGUCCCUUCAGUUGAAAAAAUUACUUUCCACCUUUUGAGGUUGGAGGAUGGAGCUAUACUUGGCGAGAGGGUCUUUCACAAUGAUUAUGUUAAUUUGGCACAUAGCAUAGGUGCUUUCUUGUAUGAUGAUUUGCUUGCUAUAGUGUCUCUUCGUUAUCAAAGAAUACACAUCCUUCAGAUCAGAGAUUCUGGAGAUAUUGUUGAUGUACGAGCAAUUGGAGAAUUCUGCCGUGAAGAUGAUGAACUUUUUCUCAAUUCCAAUUCCCAGGUGCUUGUAGAUCAUGUUGGAAAUGGUUUUCAUCAUAGCCUGCCUGAAUCGGAAACUUUUUUCCUUAGUGGUAUAAAGCAGCGGCUGCUUUCUUUUAUAUUUCGAGGUAUAUGGAAUGAAGAAACUGACCAAACCAUGCGAGUGCAGUGCCUGAAGAAGAAGUUUUACUUCCACUUUCAAGAUUACAUUGACUUGAUUAUCUGGAAGCAGGUGCAAUUUUUGGACCGACAUCACCUGUUGAUCAAGUUUGGCAGUGUUGAUGGUGCGGUAUCUCGAAAUACUGACAGCCAUCCUUCCUUUUUGGCUGUUUACAAUAUGGAAACUACUGAAAUUGUUGCAUUUUAUCAGAACUCAGCCGAUGAGCUUUAUUUCUUGUUCGAGCUCUUCAGCGACCAUUUUCACGUUUCAUCCAAAAGUUCAUUACAUAUGAACCUUAUGUCCUCACAUUCAAACAACAUCCACGCCUUCGAGCAACUAAGGUGCACAAAGAAUAAAGCAGCCAGUUUCUCUCAAUUUGUUAAGAAGAUGAUGGCUUCCUUGCCUUUUAGUUGUCAGUCUCAAAGUCCUUCCCCAUAUUUUGACCAAUCUCUCUUCAGGUUUGAUGAGAAGGUCAAUCCUUUUCAAGAAGGGGAGGAAAAUACAAAGCCAAAUCGACAUUAACCUCACAAGAUCCAUAAUUCAAGGCCGACACAAAGGGUCCAAGUCAUGAUCGUUUCAAGUAUGCAAGGACAUGUUUGGAGUACCCUUUUCAAGCCCCUCAGAGUACAAUACCACGUGUGGAGGGUAGCUUGGAGUCAAGGAAUGCAUUGGAGAGGUUGUGGGGAAGAAAAGAGGCGCUAGAAGGCAUGCUGGAGUGACAUGCGCCCCAAUAUGCUCCAGGAGAUGGUGACAUAUGCCAACAAAUGGGGAGAGCAUGUCAUCUGCGCCCCUCACAUGCGUGGGCAUGUGCUCAUUCUGUUGAAAUGGGUCACUUUUGGGCCUAUAACUGUGAUAAAUAGCCCAUGAUUAUAAGUAGUAGUUUCCUUCAGUUUUCAUAGUUUUUGCAUAUUAUUAUAAAUACACUGGAGAGAGUGAAAGCUACGAUUAGAUUGUGUUAACAAUCAGUUAGAAAUGUGGGUUACGUGGGAGAUUGAUUCCCUCGUGGUCUAUGUAAGAGAUCAUUGCUUGUUCGUAAUCAAGAGGGAGGUUGUUGGAUUUGAUAUUGGUUCUUUUCUUUAUCUUCUUGUAUCGGUUUAUCUAUCUAUGUUUUUUAUCUUUAUCUUUCUGUAUUUUGAUUCUAUCGUUUCUUUUAGUUUUCGUGUUUGUUUUGUCUUUCGUAUUUUGUCCAUUAUCGAUACAUAGAAGAUCUUUUCCAAAGUCCUAAUUGAGAGAUUGAAAGGGUGAUUGGAAAGUUCGUCGCCUCACAACAAAUGACAUGUAUGAAAGGUAGGCAACUUAUAAAUACAGUCCCAGUGGCAAAUGAAGCUGUAGGGUCAAGACUAAAGCAAGAAAGCUGAAAUUCUUUGCAAGCUUGACACUGAAAAAUCUUAUGCCCAUGUUAAUUGGGGUUACUUGCUUAGAGUUACAGAGAAGGUGGGAUUCAGGCUGCAUUUGUUUUUAUUAAGAUUCAGACAUCUGAAUUUGAAUGCAUAUCUGAAUGAUUAAGAUGUUGUCUUCAGAUCUGAAAACUAAAUGGUUAAGACUAUUUGUUU